AUGGGUUUACCGACCGACCUCUCCACCCAGCACGACGCUGAUGACCAUCCCUAUCCUUCCGACAUCGCUCUUCCACCCUCUCGCACCAACACAUUCGAGUCUCCCGGCGAGUCUCCCUCCAGAACUUCCACGGACGCCGAAUCUCAGCUUGAAUUGGCGACUCGUCACAGACCCAAGCGCAGCCUGGACGUCAAAGACGAUCGCCCUACCGAUGCCCAAGCCUCACCUUCACGGGACCGCUCUCGACCCAAUGGGAAACAAUCCAACAGGAUAUGCGCAAAGUGCGGCGGUCACUUGACUGGCCAGUUCGUGCGCGCUCUGGGCGGCACAUACCAUCUUGAGUGCUUCACAUGCCACGUCCGUAUAAUUGAAACAUGGACCUCGUGCAAUUGCUGA